AUGUAUUUUAUGUGCUUAUUUAUUGUGGCAAGUUUACUUGCAAAUUCUCUGUGUGAGAUUAAGGACGGUAAGAAGGCACCAAGGAUACAACUUAGCGAUGGAAAUGCAAUCCCAGCGUUGGGCCUGGGCACAUUUUUGGGAUUCGACGAGCAUGGACAGAAAGAGGUGACCGCGCGUGAUGUGGAAGAUCCAGUCACAUGGGCUCUCGACGCUGGAUAUAGAUUAAUAGACACCGCAUCAGCUUACAACAACGAGCAGUACAUUGGCAACGCUAUACGCAAAACAUCAGUACGAAGGGAAGACAUUUUUCUAGUUACAAAGCUCGGCUCUAAGGAUCAGCGAAGAGUAUUGGACGCCUUGAAAGAUUCCCUUGAACGUUUAAAUGUUACUUACGUAGACUUGUACCUGAUCCAUAAUCCGGUCGCUUUCAAGCCAGACGAAUCAGGCUUCGACAUCGUAGACUACGUGGACACGUGGAAAGGGUUGGAAGAAGCCAAGAAGUUGGGUCUAGCUAAAUCUAUAGGCAUAUCCAACUUCAACGAGAGCCAAAUAGAAAGACUUAUGGCUAACUGUGAGGUGAAACCGACGGUGCUGCAAGUGGAGGUCAACCUAAAUCUGGCCCAGCCGAAACUCCUGGACUUCUGUAAACGCCACGACAUUGUAGUAAUGGCGUACACGCCAUUCGGUACACUGUUCCAGAAGGGUGGAGAAACUCCCCCUCCUAAAUCUGAUGACCCUACCCUGGUUGAGAUAGCUGACAAAUACAAGAAGACUACUCCACAGAUCGUGUUAAAAUACUUGGUUCAGUUAGGAGUCGUGCCCAUACCAAAGUCUACUCGCAAGAACAGAAUCGAAGAGAACAUUGACAUUUUCGAUUUCGAACUGAGCAACGCAGAAAUGGAUACAUUGAGGAAAUUCAACAAGAACUAUCGUACGGUCUUCCCGAGUUUCUGGCAAGACCAUCCCUAUUAUCCUUACGAGAAGAAGGAUGUGCCUGACCCAGAUCCCUUCAAAGGAAACCAUUGA